UUCGGCCAAAGCCCACCGGUAAUUGAAUUCACAUACUAGAGCGCUCCAUCGUGUGUGCCUCUCAGCCGCUUGUUCGAUCAGCGAUCGGCAAACCAAGGAUCCAGGAGCUUCCGGGAACGCACGAGUUGAGAGUAGUGAAAGAAUAGUUGUUGAGUGAGUUGAGGCACGCGGAUACACACAAAAUGGCGGCAAACGGUAGUAACGGAAGCAAUGGCACAGCGGCAGUGGCCCCACCACCGAUUACAGUUCGGUUGGACGUGGUCGAUCGCAUGAAGCGCUGGGAGGGUAAAGUGGCCGUAGUUACGGGUGCGAGCGGUGCCAUCGGUGGCGCCAUCGCAAAAGAACUCGUCAAGGCGGGUAUGAUCGUUUGCGCGUUGUCAAGGCGGCGGGAUAAGGUGGAGAAGCUGCGUGCCAGUCUUUUCGAUGUGGCGGGCAACUUGAACUGCGUCGAGUGCGACAUCACCGAGGAAGAGGACGUGAAGCAUGCCUUCGGUUGGAUCGAGAACACGUACGGCGGUGUCGAUAUGCUGGUCAACAAUGCCGGUGUCAUAACCAAGUGUCUGCUGACGGAGAAGAACAAUACCCGGGACCUCUACACGACGAUGGAGACGAACAUCAUUGGGCUGUGCUUGUGCACGCGGGAAGCCGUUAAAUCAAUGAAAGCGCGCGACGUCAAAGGCCACAUUAUCAACGUCAACAGCAUAUUCGGACACAAGGUUCACCAGGCCGUUCCCGGUACGCGGCCCCUCAAUGGUAUGUAUCCUGCCUCCAAGUACGCCGUCACGGCCAUCACGGAGUGCAUCCGACAGGAGCUGAUCUACUUGGAUUCGGGUUGCAAAGUAACGAGUAUUAGCCCCGGUUUGGUUGAAGGAGACAUUCUGUCGACGGUCAGCUCGAAUGAGAACGAAAUCGUCAAGUACAUGCCAAAGCUCAAGCCGGAGGAUGUGGCGGAAGCGGUCCUGUAUGCCAUCACCACACCGGAUAACGUGCAAAUUCACGAGCUGGUGAUCAAACCGAUGGGCGAGUUCUUAUAAAUAUAAACACUAGCAAACAACAUCCAGCCGCAUUCGGAUAACCGGGAGAUUGAACGAUCUUCAAUCCUUCACUUUCACGGACCGGACCUUCCUCCCUCUGACGAUAUCGCUCAUAGGAAUAGGCGCUUCUAGGGUAAUAAAUCGUUUAUUUACAUACCGUGAAGGAAUCCGUGUGAUGGAAGCCUCCUCCUGUUGCCAACUCUAUUAUCGCUGACAAAUUUUAGCUCAUUAAGACUAAAGAAAAACAUGUAAACAAGUGAUUGCUUACGUGUUUCUCUGUUGCAAAUUUACCAAGUGCUCAGCUCGCAUCCUCCCGUGGCCUAGACCCUAACGACGAUCCUCUGGUAGCCUCCAGCGUUCUCCUUCCCCUUGCCUGCAGCAGUGAAUCUCGCAUACUUAGCUCACACCUACUUUAUUUACUUUCGCCCCUCUUCUGGGAGUACCAUCAUCGCCAUCGCCAUAGAAACGGUCAAUAUUGCCCAGCACCAGCCAGCAGCCAGUGUCAGAUUUGAUGCAUUCAGUGUAUUGAUAGUAAACUCUUAUUAGUAACUUAUUUUUUAACAAAUAAAUAAUGCA